AUGGAAUCAGUUAACGAGUUCACUUAUGAGAAUAUCUUCUGGCCUAAAAUAUCAAAUUUUAUUCAAAAUGCUCUACAAGUCGAGUUACAAAUUAAAAGGCCUUUACACACAUACUCACAUGAAGAGCUAUACAGAAGUAUAUAUUGGAUUUGUUGGCAAGGUUUUCAAAAAAGAUUAUAUAAAGACUUGAAAUCAGUAAUUGAAGAUACAUUAGAGUUUUUGAAUAAUCAGUUAAUUGGCUAUAAACAAUUAGAUGAUAAAUGGUUUCAAAAAUUUGCUGAAAUAUCUAUAAAUUACGCAAGAGCUGUUGAAAUAUUAAGUAGCAUGUUUAGUUAUUUGACAUCUAAUUGA